AUGCAACAGUGGAAUAGACAAUCAGAUUAUGAAGUUAUUCUAAAAAUUCCUAUUGGUUCUUCAAGUUUUGAUGAAUUUUUAAGUGAGUGGAAGUAUAAUUAUAAUUGUCAGAAAAAAUCAUUUUCAAAAUUUAUUCAAUUCUUUGGGAUUACUCAAGAGCCAAAUAAUUUAAAUUAUAUAAUAGUAAUGAGUUAUGCAAAAGAAGGAAGCUUAAGAAAAUGUUUAUCUAGCAUAGUUAAACUUAAAUGGCAAUAUAAACUACAAUUAUUAAAAAAUAUUAUUUUGGGACUUAAGAUAAUACAUGAAUCAAAUCUUGUUCAUUGUGAUCUUCAUGAUAGUAAUAUUUUGAUGUCAGAUAAUUAUGAAACGUAUAUUAUUGAUUUAGGAUUAUGUAGACCUGUUAAUGACUCAUCACAAGAUAAAACUGAUGAAAAUUACGGAAUUCUACCUUAUAUGGCACCUGAAAUAUUAAGGAACGAUCCUUAUAUUCCAGCAAGUGAUAUCUAUAGUUUCUCAAUGAUAAUGUGGGAAUUUACAUCAGGUGUUCCUCCGUUUAAUAAUAAAGCAUAUGAUUAUCAACUUACUAUAAACAUUUGUGAAGGGGAUCGUCCUGAAGUUAUAAAAAAUACACCAAAAUGUUAUAUAGAUUUGAUGAAAAAAUGCUGGGAUUCAGACCCUUCUAAAAGGCCAACUAUAGGAGAUCUUGAGCAUAUUAUAUCUCAAUGGCUUAAAUGUGUUAAUAGAUAUUAUGAAAUAAAUGAAGGAAAUAGUAAUGAUAUGAAACCUUUAUAUAGUAGUGAUAUAAUCCAAUUCAAGGUUGAUAUAGAUGAAUUUAUAAGAGCUAAUGAAGCUUCAUUACAAGAACAACCCGAUACUUCUAUUGUACAAUCUCAUCCACAAUCAUAUUAUACAAGUCGCCUACAUACUGAAAUUUUAGUUCAAAAUUCUGACUGCUUAGAUUGUAUGGUUGAUGAUUAAAUAUAUAAAACAAAAUCCCUAUUCAUAGUAAACUGCAAAUUUAUCCAAAUAUAUAUUUUAGUUUAUUUUAAUCAAAACAUUUAAUUCAUUAUUAUUACCUUAUAAUUAUAUAGUGAAUAUGUUGAAAAUCAAAAUACUGUAUUAAAGAAAUACUUGAAAUAAAUCCAUUUUAUUAUUUUAUGCUAUUU